AUGUCUCCACAACCCGACACAGACUUGGACGCCGACGACAUUUCCAUCACAUCGACGGUCGAGGGCGAACCCCCUGACGAUGCAGUCUACGCAGUCGAGGAAAUUCUGGCCGAGAAGUGGGACAUUUGGGACGAUGAUGAUCCUUACCAACCCCCCUUCCGCGGUAUUAAGUACCUGACCAAAUGGGAUGGCUAUCCACUUCACGACCUCAUAGGCACUUGGGAGCCCAUAUCCGCCUUUAUAAUUCCUGAUGAUGAUGGUAACAAUCCAUCCGACACACCACCAUUGCUCCGAGCAUGGCAUGAAUGUAAGAAGUCUAUGGGCGAGCCUCACUUCCACAGGUAUUGUCAAAAGAACAUAGACGACUUCCAUGCCGCAAUCGAAGCUGCAGAAACGGCCAGGGCGGCCAGAAAAGCAAAGCGCGAUAAGAAGCGCCAGAGGCUUGCAUUGUCAAAGAAACGGUCGGCACUUUUUGUGUCGGACAGCGAAGCCGAAGAUGGGCGUGCCGCAUCAAAUCAAUCGCAGGAGCAGAACUUUCCACAAGCUGCUGUCGGUGCUCACAGCCCAUCAUCAGCCAAGCAACCUCAAACAGCCCGUAAACUACCUUUGGCGCAGUCGGAUCUAUCAUCAUCCGAGGCAGACUUAACAGAUGACUCAACGAUGGCUGAAUUGGGUAGAAUUUCGAAAAAGACGACACGCAGUUCAAUUGGCACCAAGGGUUCGGCUAGUGAUAGUCAAUCAAGACGCAAUUCAUUGCAGUUACCAUGCAGCCCGACUAAACGCACUGCGGCACCUAGUAAUAAACCAGCUGCAGCGGCGUCUGUGACAGCUAAUGAAGCUAAUGCUCCUCCUUCAAAAUCCAAACAGCAGCAAGCAAACACUACCAGCGCAACACCAAUGGCUCGUGCGUCUAAUACUUCAAUUACUUCUGCAGAAAGACCGGUCAACAAGGCCAAACGUAGUGGUGCCACAAGGGUGGUAAACCAGCCAAAGGUGCAGUUGCGUAGUGAAUGGACAAAGGGCCAAAAAGCAUUCUCCACUUUACACUUCCGAGCAGUGGCACUAAAGCGGUCGCGUGCUGAAGGCACGCCUGAUCCGGCAGCACUCGAGAUUGUAAAUGACCCGUCUAGUACCGUCAGGCCAAAACCCCCAGUCCCACGUGAUGAUCCCUAUGCUCGCCGUGAGGUUGGCCAGAGCCGUCCAAGGAGCCCAGAGUGCGAUGAUGCUCAGGGAGGGUCUAGGAGCGAGAUUUUGACCGACGAAAAUAUCCCCCUAGCACCCUGGGAGGUGGACAAGAUUCCGCAGGUGUGUCCUGAAUGGCGGCUCAGCAACAACUGUACAAAGACUGCUCAAGUCUGUAUUUUUCUGCAUCGCAACAAGGAUCCAGACGGGCGCGAUUACCCUGUAGGCCAUGCUGGAGGUUUUAUACCCCCAAAAUACCGCAGGCCACCUCUUACAUGCACCCACUGGCUGUACGGAAAGACUGGAUGUUUUAAGCCAGCUGACAAGUGUCUCUUUGCCCACCGAAAUACCGGCUGGGUACCAAACGAAAAUCACGCCAGCGAUACCCCUACUCGAAUCGACAAGAAUAUAAAGCCGAUAUGUGAGCGAAAAGGUGGUACACCGAAAUCAGUGAAGCCACUUGAUGAGCGAACAAAUGGUGCACAGAAGCCAAUGGAGCCGCACAACGAGCGACCAGAAAUCGCAUCGAAACCAGCAAAGCCGCAAAAUGAGCGAAAACAUGGUUCACUAAAGCCAGUGAAAAGUAUGGAUAGACUGGCCCCUCAGGAUUUGACAUGCUGGUACUGGGCCAAUGACAUUUGUCGAAACACUGCGGAGAAAUGCCAGUUCCAACAUUAUGAUACUGGAAUUCCUGCUCGUGCUCCGCAUAACUACGCUGUAUCUUCUUAUCGUCCUCUGCCAGACAAGAGCGAGGAUGUGGCGCCUACAGACGAUGAUUUAUCUCGUCCCAAGUCGCCCAAGGUUGCGGAUCCUGUGGAACUUGGUGCACCCGAAGCAACGUGUGAGAAGGUGCGGAAGAGGAUCGACUCAGUGUGCGAUCUCGACUUUGAAGAAUUAUUUGGAAGUAAUAAUUGUGAAAGAGGAAUUAAACUAAUAGACCGACGAGCUUUCUUGGUGUACCACUCAGAAGAGCAUGCGGAGGAGCUGGAGUUGAUUACUCGAUGGCUGCUGAUGCACCACGUCGAGGUCAGUGGCGUACAUUUUUCAGGCGGGUGGGCGAAGUUCCAGCAGGAAAUUAAGAGCGGAGGUUCUGGCGUCAUCAUUGUACAUGCUGAUUUCGAGUACUUCACCGAAUUACCGGGAUUAGGAGAUAUGCUCCAUCAUGAGAUUCGUGUCUGGUCACUUGGCAUGCAGGAAGGCAUCGAGUACGAUGCUGCUUUGUCACUUGAUCCACCCGUAUAUCGCUAUGGUCCGGUGGAAAUCUUCCCCGUCGGCGGGUUCAUCUACAUUACCGACGAGGUAUUUGACAAGGAGCCGCAAGUCGCUUUGAAAAUUAUCGAGCUAUUCCUCGCGAAAGUUGAAGAAUUGAAGCAGAUCAAGGGCCUGCCAAAUGCGGGAGGCCAGGUCGAAACCGCAAAUCUACUCUGGCGUCUAUGUGUCCGCCCAGAACUAAUGAAGUAUCUAUUUGAUUACUGCAAGAAGUACGAAGACCGGCUCGACAUCGGCGAUGCAGAAAUGCAGAGCCGUGCCCGCCUUUACACUCUCCUAUCCGACACACGAUACAUCGAGCAAGACUACCCCUCUGAGCCCCUCAGCCGCAUAAUGGGCAAAUUCCCCAUUCUAUCCGAGCGCCGAGUAAUUGCAGACAGCGAGCCAGUCGCAUACUUCAAAACAGUUAAACGCGACGCGGCGGCAGCCAACCUAAACAUGAUGCGCUACUAUGCGGGCUUGCACGUUGACCUGCGACGCGACUACCGCCAUUUUUUCCUGGUGCAUACGGAUCCACGGGCGGGGGUUGUGCAGCAGUGGCGAGACGAGAUGCAGACGAUUGGGCGGGUCAUGUCUGCGCGGCAGUGUGUGCAGGAGUUGGAAAAGGAGAGUCGAGUGAGCAUGAUUGAUUUUUACGAGCGGUUCAUGGGAGAAUAA